CCAUCCGCACUCGCGGCUGCCUCCAUCCCUUCAUCUCCUCACAAAAUCCCAUAGCAUCCGCUUCUUGACGCAAUCCUUCUUUAGGCGCCGCGCUUCACCGACCCACUCCCCUUCAGAGUCCCGCAUCAGGCUCUUCUGUCCAGCUCGACACACUUCCGUCAUCCAUAUCCUCCCGCCGAUCUUGGAACCUCACGAUGAAGGCGACCAAACCUUUUUCGCUCUUCUCGCUCGUUCACUGGGUCAUCCUCUCUACGCUCUGCGUGAUGAUCCUCGGCGCGCCUUUAAGACACGCGCAUGAUUACAGCGCGUCCCACUCUGCUUUUCUCGAGAGCUCUCAUAUGCCGCAUCGUGGUCUGCUUCGCCAGUCCCCCUUGCGCCUACACACGACCGAAGCGGAGGUAAUGUGGAUCGACGUACGUCAUUCGACAAGCAGCAAGUUCGCCAACGCCCAAACACUUGCCAGACGUUCCUUUGGCUCCGCAUUCGGGUUCAGCUCUUCUUCUGUUGCGCAUGACUUCUCAGCUGCUCAAUUUCCAUACGGACGCGUUCUGAUCUCGCGAGACUCCAACUCCAAAGACACGGGCAAAGGAAGCGGAGACAAGCAUAGUCAUACUCAUCCCACCAAGUCGAGCGAGAACCAAUCGUCGAGCACCCAUGAGAAGACCUCUCUUGAGAAGGACUCCAAGGUGAAGGAGGAGAGCGCGCCGAAGAUUCUGAGUGGUCAGAAUGAGCAGAAAUUCGCCUCACCGAUCGUCGGUGGAAUAGGAAACACCGUCAAAAGCUCUUUGUGGACCGGCAUCGGCCUCUUGGGUAACCUCCUCGACAACUGGUCUCGAAAGCGCAAAUGAUCAUCUUCGCGUAUCUUCGAAACGCCUUGACGCAAGAAGUAGUCUGUCUGGUCGAUGCCUUGCGCUUCGAUACCAGGUCCAGCUUGCCGCGAGCAAGUUGAAGCAUGGUGACUCUGCCAGGCCCUUCGCUCAUCGCCGUCCAUGCAUAGCGCACCCAGACGAAUACUACCGACACAAGCGCCUUCUCUUAAAUGCCAUAUGCGCGUUCAAACGUCAGUUGCCCUGCAAGG